UUUUCAAUUUCAGGAUUGUCAUCGCUUGUUGUGCUUUCAACAGGAGCUGGGAAGUCACUGUGCUAUCAGCUUCCUGCUUUUCUUUAUGCCAAAAGGUCACCCUGUUUAACACUGGUUAUUUCACCCCUUGUGUCUCUGAUGGAAGAUCAGGUACAGAACACCAUCACUGCAUUUUCACUUAAUUUCUUCCCUCUUAGAGUCAUUUAAGAAUAUUUGCAAAGUACUUGGUACAUGUAGUUCUAACUCUGAAGUCUGUGGACGAAAUCCCAGGGUGAGGCCAUCAAGUAUGAAACUUUAAAAUGGUACUCCUGUAUUUGUUUAGGAUUAAGAUCUAACAUUUGAGUCUGUGGGCAAAAUCUGAUUGUGUGACCAUUAAGAUGAAACCUUUUCAGCAAUACUUUCACAUGGUACCAUUUUUUUAGUAUGAAGCUCUAACACUCAGUCUGUGAGCAAAAUCCUACGGUGUCAAAACAUCAAGUUGGCAGCCCUUUCACAAGUCCCCCAGGGGGUUUAAAUACCAUGCUAACUCAUUAACCUAGAGUGAGAUCAUUAGGGAAAUCUCAGGCCGAAGCCUUGGUGUAUUGACCUUGCUAUCGCUCGGCUCAAGAUUUCCCUGUAACGACUGAACGUAUGAGGUUAAUACGUUAUUUGUUAUAUGGCCUUUUUAGCGUUAUUAAUAUAAAACACAGUAAUUGAGCCUUCAAACAAAAAAAUUACUAAAACCAAUAACUGGUCAGCAGAUAACUUAAAAAAACACAUCACCUUAUUGAGUUAUACACUUGAGCUCACGAUACAGUCAUGUGACAUUGGCCAGUGGAUACCCUUUCUUGACAGCUGUCAGUAUUGACCAUAACAUGGUUGUCCACUAUCAAGUUAAACAUAGAUCGUAUAUGCCUUGGACUCCUUGCUAAUAAUGCUCGGUCAUUACAAGAAAAUCUUGUCCUUGCAGCAGCCAAUCAGAGCGCACGUACUAUUGUAGCCAUAUAAUUAUAGAGCAUUAUGGAUGAUGCAAUAAACAAUGACAAUUUUACUUUCAGAUCACUGGUCUUCCUCACGGAUUAAAAGGCGCCUGCCUUCAUACGAACCUCACAAAGGCCCAGCGUCAAAAGGUCGUAGAUGAUCUGUGUUCAGGCAAGGUGUCCGUAUUGCUUCUCUCGCCUGAGGCCCUAGUUGGAGGGGGCUCCGGAAACGGAUGUUUACCUGCUGUUUCUCGGCUGCCGCAGAUUGCUUUUGCUUGUAUAGAUGAGGCUCACUGUGUAUCAGAAUGGUCUCACAACUUCCGACCGUCUUACCUCAGAGUUUGUAAGGUUAGUGCUAGUAGCAGUAGUCUGUUUUAUACAGCUUUUUGAUCUUUAGGCGAAAGGGAAUACUUCGGUCGUUACGAUAUAAGACGUUUCGAUACAAGUUAACACAGUCAAGAUGUAAAAUAGUUUCACGCACUAAGCGUAAAGAACGAAGAAUAAUUUAUUUACCCCAAAUGUUUUCCUUGUUCACGCGAAAGCUAUACUUGAAGUGGUCAAAACUUUUGUGCAAAUUCACUUCUUGAGUUUUUAUCAAAACGACUUGUAUCGAAACGACCGGUUUCCCUUCGAGGUUAUGCGGGUAGUUGUUAAUUCUCUGUUAUUUGGUCAUAAAGGUAAAGGUCCAUAUUUUAUGUAGGUAACUCGUAACAGUACUCAUUAGACCGUCAAACCUAAGGCCGUUGGUGCGCUCAUUUUACCCCCUCCCCUCAUCCUCCAAUGCUUUUACAUCGAAAAGAGAAAUUCGUUUUACCAUUUCUUCAACAGGUUAGUUUCAGUGGCGCGAUUUUGUUAAACGUCGCGGACAGUCUAAACUACUUUAAGACGUACAUUUGGGUGAAUGAAGGCAGAGCUCGCCCUCAUAAACUACUUAUCUUUCGUUUUGUAGGUUCUUCGUGAAAAGUUCGGUGUGCGGUGUUUUCUGGGAUUGACCGCCACAGCAACUCAUUCGACAGCCGCAUCUGUCGCAGAGCAUCUUGGGAUUGUACAUGACCCGGGCGCUGUCAUCAGAGGGGGCGCGGUACCACCCAACUUGUUUUUGUCAGUGUCAUGUGACAGUGAUAGAACACAGGUAAGAUUAACCUUGCACAUAUUUUUCAAGUAAUUUUCUUGUCAAACAACACCAACCGUAUUUACUUGAAUAAGCGCCGCAGAUUUGCGGCGCUUAUUUAGGGCCUGUCAGCAUUUGUUUGAAAGUUGGACGCGACAAAGAAUCCUAUUAAUUUCCUUGUCAUUAUUUUCCGUAUUAAACUAACAGCAGUAACCUCUUUUGAUUUUGAUUAUAUCAGGCCGCGGCGCUUAUUAAUCUUCUUUCUUCCAAAUGGGGUGCUUAUUCGAGUAAAUACGGUAUGCCGAGAAAAAUGGCAUACUCAACAGAGUACUUGGACUGUUAUCGUAAAUCCCCUAUAAAUACACCGUAUUCACAAAUGGCGGACACGCGGGAAAAAACUGGUGCCUAGUCAUGAAAGCGAGGCGUUGGAGGAUAAACAAAAAUUACAAAUGAAGACUUUCAGUGAACUUCCAGAGUGUUUAGCACGGAUUCCACCUAAAAUAACUUUGUACGGACUUCUUUUUAAAUACAGUUACGUGGGAUGUCUUCUGCUUUUAAUGUUUAGUAAUGAUUUGCUGUUUGCAAUCAAAAGGGACGCGUAUAUCUGCAAGGAAACAGGAUGAUUUUGUAGGUUUCCGAAGCAUCAGAAGCAGGACACGACAAGUGGGCGAUGGCUUGAGAAAAGCGGCAAACAUGUUGGCUCAGCUUCACACUGUAACCGAAUACGAAAGCCAGAUCACUACAAUUCUGUAAAACAGAAAUAAAAACAGAUAUUGGUGGCGAGAAAAAGAGAAAUAAGCGACGGAUAUAUGGCCACUGAAAACAGGUCAAGCUGAGAGCGGGUGAAAGAUUCAUUCACGAGGCUCAUUCAUUCAUUUUAGAGUCAUUUUAUACAUAUCUAUGUAUAUAUGUAUGUCUGUAUUUACAACUUCCUUUGGAUCAUAUUAAUUCCGUCGCUUUGGAGCGAAUUGUUAGAGGUACGUUGGCAGAGCUUAGCAAAAAUCUCAUGAUUUCGUUGUCAUUGCGAAAUAAUUAAAAAUAAUUUUAUCAAAAUUAGAAGCUGUAGUGUGUGAAUCCUAUGGCUCUCUAUUUGCCUGGUCUCCUUUAGGGCAUUAUCUCAGAGAGCUCUUGGUAAAAAAAAGUGGUAUAAAGCUUACAUUUUACUAGGUUAAACUUUAAAGGCAAUGUUUGUGUCAGGACUGAACAUGGCAAGCUUCUGUUUCAGAUAAUUAAAUUCGAGUCUGGAUCCGUUUAAGAAGACCAUCAUUUUAUUUAUUUAUGUAUUCUUCAACUUUAAAAUAUAAUGGCACAUAAAGUUAAAACUCUUAACAGCCAACGAUAAGAAAUACGAAAUUACUCGCUGAAAUGAUGUGUCUGGCUUACCGAGUCUGCCGAGUAACAAGUUGAAAUUUUGAGCGUACUCCACUCGAUCGCUCCUGCAUUUAUAAUAAAAAAAAUAGUUAUAAUUGAUGUCUUUCAUUGAUAAAGACCAGAGAAUAACGUCCUGGCAAACAAAAAUCAAACAUAACUUCAUCGAAACCUCAGUCACCUCUUCUUUCCUGUCUUCCUUUUUUCCAUCUCGACUUGAACUGUUUUGUUCAACGGCAGACGUCUCUUGCGUUAACAAGUAGGCCAUGUAUCUGUCGCUUAUUUCUUUUUUCUUGCCACCAAGAUUUGUUUAUAUUUCUGUUUCACCGAAUUACAGUGAGCUGGCUUUCGUACUCGGUUUCAAUGUGAAGUUUGGGCCAACAUGUUUGCCGCUUUUCUCCAGUCAUCGUCCACCUGUCGAGCUUCUGAUGCUUCGGAAACCGACUCGAAAACCUACAAAAUCAUCCUGUUUCCUUGCAGAUAUACGCGUCCCUUUUGAUUGCAAACAGCAAGUCAUUACUAAACAUUAAAAGCAGAAGACAUCCCACGUAACUGUAUUUAAAAAGAAGUCCGUACAAAGUUAUUUUAGGUGGAAUCCGUGCUAAACACUCUGGAAGUUCACUGAAAGUCUUCAUUUGUAAUUUUUGUUUAUCCUCCAACGCCUCGCUUUCAUGACUAGGCACCAGUUUUUUCCCGCGUGUCCGCCAUUUGUGAAUACGGUGUAUUUCCCCCCUUUUUUCAAGUGAAGAAAGUUUUAAAGCUUCCCCUGCCCCCCCCUUUAUUCUUAAAUAAUAGAUUGUAUUAAUUAAUCACGACCAUAAUACUUCAUGUGGACUGACACGGUAUAAUUUGUUCAUGUGCAGAAGGUUUGGAUUUGUUUUUUUUAUCUUCGGCUCCAUGACACCCAGCUUUAUGUGCCCCCGAGUCUCCAAUUUGCGUUCUUUAUUGAGAAUUGUACCAUUAUCUUCAGUAAAGUAAAUAACCCCUCCUCUUUCAAGCAGGCCCCUUCUCCUCUAUAACCUCCCCUCUCAAACGAGCUUAAAAUAAAUAAGCCUGUGGGGGAAGGGGGUGCUUAAUAUUUUAACGGUCAAGUUUAUUGACAGAGUUAUCUUUGUCCAACAGGCUUUGUUGCAGUUACUCCAAGGUCGACGUUUCUCGAGAUGCGAUUCCAUUAUAAUAUAUUGCACUCGCCGAGAGCAGACAGAGAAACUGGCCUCGACCUUGCGUACGUGUUUACAGAGUAACAGGCUCCCAUCAGGCUGGGACGAACAGAGUGAGACUGGAGAAGAAGAGAAGAAUAACGGAAGGAAGAAGAACACUAAAGGGUAUGGAGCUUUUGUCUUAAAAUAUCCAUUAUCUAACAUGAUACAGUUCCUAAUAUGCGGCUGAUGGAAUAGUGUAGAGAGAGACGAGAGAGAUUGAACCCAGCGAGGCCAAUUCAAGGUAGUUGGCUGCAAUUUCACAGCAUCCUGUGCCUUGCCUAGAACAAAAUGGAAAUGCAUCUAGCUUGUAAUGCCACAGGAAUCAGGUGCGUAACAAGCUGCCUGUGUGUGUUGCCAAACUGUACAUGAUUUAAGGGGUUAACAUCAAGUGUUUUGUGUUGAUGAGAUGACUAUAACAACUGUUCUAUAAACGGUUUAAGGUCUAUUCAAAUCAAAUGCCAGAAUAUGGAAAUUUUUCUUUUAGAAGAGGCAAGAAAAAGUCAUCCAAACCAGUGGCUCCUAAAUGGGACGCCGAAUGCUACCACGCUGGACUGUCCGCCGCCCAAAGACGGCGUGUACAGAAACGAUUCAUGACAGGGCAACUGCGUGUUGUUGUGGCGACUGUUGCGUUUGGAAUGGGUUUAGACAAACCAGAUGUCCGUGCUAUCAUCCAUUACAACCUGCCUCGAAGCUUUGAAAGCUAUGUUCAGGAAAUUGGUCGCGCGGGACGGGACGGGCUUCCCUCGCAUUGUCACGUGUUUCUUGACCCGGAGGUAGGUAAAAUAUUUCUUAUAUAACCAACUUUCAUCCUACUCUUGGAGUCUCAUGGUGUGACCAUCCAAAUGAACCUCAUCAGUAGUACCUUUAACCCUUUCACUGCCAAACUUACCUAAAAGGAAAUUUUGACCAAAUGUCCAAAUUUCAUUUUGUGAAAUUUUGAAAAACAAAUAGCACCACGUGUAAGUACAGGCAGAGAGCUUUCAUUUGAAUGGUCACAUCAUAGGAUUUGGUCCGCAGACUCAAACGUUAGAGUCACCUUACAAAACUCCAUCAAGCACUCUGGCAGGGACCUUUUUUGGUUCAGUAGUUGGCAAAGCAAGAAUUUGGAUUUUUUUUAAAGUCUUGGUAAGGCUUUGUUAGGAGUGAAUGGGUUGAGUAAUGAUCUGGAUGUCCGUUACCCCUGACACAUCUUUCUUUGUAGACACAUAAAAUUCUGCAAUGCUGAUCGGACUACUUACUUUGCAAGACAUCAACACGAAACCGAUAGAACCCAAAACAGAGCGGGGUUUUAGCCGUCGACAGCUGUUUCGCCAGUUUUUCUUUGUUCAUGACCGAACUUAAAGUAACAGUCUUACUUUCCUUCGUCUAAACUAGAUUGCGGGCAAUUUCCCACCUUGAGGUUGCGCUGGAGACCGGGUCGUGAUGGUUGUCGAAGGGCAUUGUGGGACUGUGUUCGGGGACGAAUUUGCCGCCAUGUUGAAAAUUCGUGCCCCAAAACAGUCCCACAAUGCAGUUUGACAACCAUCCCGACCCGGUCUCCCUCGCAACCUCAAAGUGGCGAAUACUGGGUCGUGUUGUCUCGAAUUGCAUUGUGGGACAGUUUUCGGGAAGAAAUUUUGACCCAGUUUUCUUUUCAACUUCGUGUCAGCCAAUAGCACGAGCCACCUCAAAUUGUCCAAUGCUCUUGACAUGGGGCUCGUACAGAGUCUUGAAUUAUUGAAAAAGUCUUGAAAUUGCAAAGCAAUUUUCCAGACCUGGAAAAAGUCUGGAAAAUAGAGUUGAAGUCUUGAAAAAUCGUAAAAAGUGUGUUUUUUUUUCAAAGCCACAACAAGUGCUUAGUAAGUAAAAUCUUAUUGAAAUCUUAUUGAAACUCGCCUGUAGCCAAGACAUUCAAUUACAGAAUGGGAAGUUUCAGAACUUACGUAUGUCUACAUUCGAGCACUAUGAUUGCAGUGCAUCAUGAGAAAAGCUUAGUUGCUGCAUUUUUCAAGGUCUCUGUUGGUCGCCUAUAUGAUAACCGUGAGUCUGGAAAAAUAAAUUAUUGUUUUGGAAAAAAGUCUUGAAUUGUGGAUCCGAAACUCUGUACGAACCCUGUUGACAUCUGACCUUAUUUCUUCGUAAAAUGUGCAAAAUGUGGUAAUUUUUUGCAUUUUAAUAAAUAGAACUUAAUUAGUGUGUGGUCACGUUUAUUCAUAGGGUAAGGACAUGUGUGAGCUGCGUCGCCAUGUUUACGCUAAUACUGUAGACCGCUCCACUAUUAAGAAGCUAGUUCGUCGAGCCUUUCCUCGUUGUGAGUGCAAGAAGCUGCAUCAGCAGCAACAAGAAAGGAAUGCAAGAAGAUAUAACACGGAUGAGCUCCUGGACAUUGAGGACGCUUGUGGAGACAUGAUGGACUCGAAUUUGGAGGCAGAGCUGCAAGCUGUUGAGCUACAGUAUCAGAAGGCUGUUGAAGAUGACGCUUGUAAGAACAGAGAAGAAAACGAACACGAGCGAGUAAAAGAAAGCUCUGAUUCAGCCAUUGAGGCAACUCAGUCAGAGCAAUCUUGUUCAAGUAAAAGCGAAGAAACUUUGUGUCCAGGACCAGAAAGCAAAGCAAUUGAAGACGGUAAAGGUGUCGAGUCGGAGAUAAACGAAGGAGUCCUGCGCCAUCAAAACUCUGCCCAGGAACCAGUUCAGCGCCUGUGCGGCGGGCACGAGGUUGCCAUGGUGAUAGAAUGUCUAAUUCAGGAACUUGACAUGCGCGAAGAAAACAUCGCCACUUUGCUGUGUUACCUAGAGUUGCAUGCACGUCGCUGGCUCGAAGUAUUGCAGCCCGUAAAAUCCACAUGCGAAGUAAAGUUUUAUGGUGGACAUGCGCAGUUGAGAGCAGUGGCACAGAACGUUCCACCGAUAGCAGCAGCGGUAUCGCACACCACAACAACACCUGCCAGCUUUAAGAGAUCCAACUCAAUAAGUUUCUCGGUGGUGGAGUUAGCAGACAAGAUGGGAUGGGAUCUUGAGCCAGUGUGCCGCGAGUUAAGGGCUCUGCAGUGGAACACGUGUUUAUCACGUGACCAUAACCUUGCUGACAUGGGUCAAUCAGGGAUCUUGGUUGAGUUCUCCGAUUUGUCCUUUCACCUCAGAGCACCCGGUGACCUCUCAGACGAAGAGCGAGACGGUGUGUGUGAUUUCCUAGAAGAUCGAAUACUCGCCGAGGAGCGGAGCCAGUUGCAGCAGCUUCAGUUCGUCUACGACUCGCUCAAGAGUGUUUCCUUUUCCGAAUUUUGGCAUUGCGCUGACGACGUAGACGAAGAAUCUGAUAAACAGCUGAAACAAAUUGUGCGUAGCUAUUUUGAAGAUUCCUCCGACAAUACGAAGAAGGAGCUUAGAGAGUUGUCAGAAGCGAGAAAGGGCUCCAAAAACAUUCGUUCAAAUAUCACGCCUGAUGGUCACGUGAACUGGGACAUCAUUGCUCGUGACAUCAGGUCAUUGGUAGGAGUUCAUCACGAUCACUCGUUCACGGGUCGCGCUGUUGCGCGUAUAUUUCACGGGAUCGACAGCCCGUGUUACCCUGCGGAGGUCUGGGGUCGAGACCGUCGGUUUUGGAGAAAACAUCUUGAUGUAGAAUUUAACAGUCUUCGUAAAUUCGCCACGCAAGAAUUAAUCAAAUUUAGAUAA